UUUACUGAUAUUUGCAUGACCUGUGAUAAUCCGUAAUAACAAAAAGUUUCAUUGAGUUAUAAUAUUUGGAUUUAUUUGUAACCAAGACGCAGCCUAGUUGAAUUAAUUAUGAGGUUCUUAAUUGCAUCAUGCCUACUGAUUUCCAGUAUCAUUAUUUGUUUAGAGGCUGCCCCAACGAUGACAGCCGACGAACCACAGAAAGAAAUAAAACCAAUUGAAAAAUAUCAGCGGGAAUGUACAAAAGAAGUAAACAUCGAUACUUUCACUCUAUACAAAAAUAUGAACGACUUUGGCACUACAGUGGAUCCGAUAUAUAUGGACUAUUUAGCAUGUUACUAUAAAAAGCUAGGUUUUCAAGAUGAUGAUGGAAAAAUUUCAUACGAGAAAAUAAUCGAUUUCGUUGCUAGUUAUUCCGUACGACUAGAUCGUUCAUAUAUAAUCAAUAAAUGUAAAGAUACUAAUAAGGGAUCUAGUCACGGUGAAAUAGCUUAUAAUGCGAUGAAAUGUGUAAUAAGUAAAGUAUUAUAAUCACAACUAAUGAAGUUCAUGAAUGACAUUAAAGACUAUGUAAAAUGACAUUAAAAUGUAUAGGUACUAAA